UUGCAUCUGAUGGGGUACAUCAUGUACUUUGACGAGGAUAUGGGUCUGGAUGGUCCCCAUCGCUUCAAAGACCACACAAUCAUCAUUGACCCACAAUGGGUCAUCUAUGCCUUCCGCAGACUCAUCACAAACCCAAAGAACAUUGAAGGCAGAGGCUCCAAGAGAAUGGUGAUGUGGGAAAAUUAUGUUACAGAUGGCCAACUCACCACACCCUUCAUUAAUGAGUUGUGGAGGGGAGGGAAAGAAGAAAUGGACAAGGAAGACUUCUUACGCUACAAAGAUACUCUACUCAUGGUAAUGGAGAGACUGGGACUCCUAGCACCUCCUGUAGCCUUCAGGUCCCACACAGACUGCCCUGAAAAUCUAGAUUAUUACAUUGUUCCAAGCAUGUUGUCUGAUGUUGAUCAGACAUGGGUGGACAAUGUCCUUGAAUCAGAUUCCUUACAGAGAACGGCAACACUUCGUCUUACAUUAGGAAAACAGUUCAUCUCCCUUCCAGUCUUUCAUAAACUGCUAGCUGCUUGUUUGACCAGAUUUAAAAUUGCAUCAAAUCUGGAUGUACCAGAAAGCAACCACAAGAUGAACUGUAUCAAGAAAGGUUUCGGCUGUUUAGAAGUGACAGCGGCCUGGACAAUGAUUUUGUCAUAUGACAACUCAGCGAUCAAUGUAAUACUGUUUACAUAUAGCAAUGAUGACUCCUGUAUCAAAGCAGGUGUGGGAUUGAAUGUGCGCACAUUCCUAGAAGAAACAAUUAUUGAGGUCCUCAGACUGCAGGGACAAAACACAAAAAAUCUUGCCUGCAAGUAUUUUCUUUGCUUAGGUACCUCAAAAGCAAAUCAAAAGGUAAAGUUUGUGCGCAAGGAAGAUAUUGACAAUAUGGGACAAGAUGAGCAAAUCUUCCAAGCAGAAGGUAGAUAUCUGCGAAAGACAGACCUGAAGCCCUGGUUCUGUAGCGAGGAGGAGGUGGGUAAUCCCAUUCCAGUGGCAUAUUUCCUGCCGCCACAUUAUCAGAACCUUAGCCCAAGCGAUUUACACCUGUCACGGAUCAGUAGCUGUAUGAGCCUGAAGGACAAAAUGAGUUUUGGUUUGGAGCUAGGACUUGAGAACCACCAUAUCACUACCAUCCUGAACGACUGCAAAGGAACGGUAGAACAGGCCUACCAAAUUUUGGCUAAGUGGAAGAUGUUGCAUAGCAAGGGCAAGAUCGGCGACAUAAUCAAGGCCAUGAAAAAGCUGGGACUAGAUUGUAAAUUCUUCUACAAAAAGGGGAAAGUGUUUGACUGAUCAGGCAAUUCAGACAACAUGUUCACAUUGACAAGUUUCAGUUGAAGAAUCUGAAAUAUUCUGGUUGUGCAGUUCGCCAAUAGGUGCCUGAAACAAAGCAUGCUGAUUGGACUGUUUCACAAAAGGUUACUAAUAGGUAACACAUUCUGAUUGGAUAGUUAGCAACAGGUGACAUUCUCUGAUUGAACGGUUCAUGACAGAAAACACUAUUGGAUUGGACAGUUCAACCAAACUGUGACUAAGAUAUAAGACAAUGUGGUCAGACAAUUCAAUACAAGUGACUGAGAUAGCACAACAGGAUUGGCAGCAGCUUCAACAGAAGCUUCAAUGUAU